AAUCAGUCAAGUUGAACCCUCCAUCUUUAUUGUUGCAUGUCGCUGCCAUGAAAUGGACAUCACAGCGAUGGACCGCCCUGUGCCACCAGAUGAACCGUGGUAGAUUUACACGUGAGAGUGAUGACAUACUGGUGACGGUGUGACGUGGUCACUUCUCCCAAUUCCCCGACCACCGUCCCGCACUCUUCGAAAUCGACCUCGACAACGCGAUAGGGCUACGGAAAUGCAGCAGAAUCCAAUGGGGUUAUCCAUGCGAUACUAGCUGGCUGUCAUCAGAAGGAAACACCCGAUCUGACAUCGGUUGUCGUGAAUUGAGACAGGAGCCUGGAGGACAUGGAUUGACCCCCUGUGGCCUUGUUCGCUUCUCACCUGCUCCUCCAAUGGGCGCGUCAGCUGCAAAUGCCUCUUCGAAUCGUGCUUUCCGACGCACGCUGAGUCCAAAUGAGCUGUCAUACUUUCUUCCCAGUCGUGCCAAUGGAUUGAACGACAUGUUUACGCAAGUCAUCCUCCACGCGCCGCCAGCGCUGAUGUCGCCCCGCCGUGUCCACAUCGCUUGGACCAUCACGCGGCUGCGAUACACCCUUCUGUCAUGCCGGGUAGAGAUGCCGUCCGGGCGAUACGACCAGGCUGAGUUUGUAUACACGCCCCCGCCCAAUCCGCCGUCAGCCCUCCGCGAAGCGGCAUCUUCUCUACGCAUCCGGGACGACAUCCGCGGUCACCAGCUUAUCGCCGACUUCCUGAAUGGCCCACGCACGCUAUCUUCUGACUGCCUCGCGCGUCUGGAUCUCGUGCGCCACGACGAGGUCGAGUCGGGGGAACACGAAUACCACGUCAUGUUCUCGUGUCUGCACAUGAUAGGUGACCUGCUGGGCGUGCAGCAGAUGAUGGAUGGGAUGUUUCGGCUUCUGGGUGGAGCGGGGACCACGGACGACGAGCUGCAGAUGUUGCUGGAGCGUGAGUGGGAUGUGCGCUGGCGCGCAGGGGGGAUCGCUGUUGCGACGGAAGCCCGGAUAGCUGGGCUCGGGAUGGGAAAGCUGGCGGCUGCCGCAUGGAAGGUGGAUUACCUGAAUGUGCAGCGGCGAUCUAUUGGUGCCCAUGUGUUCCCGCGGAUCAAGGCUCCACGGACGAAUAUUCGACUCGUCCAGAUCCGAUUUAGCCACGCACAGACUGCUGAGAUAUUCAAGAACUGCAAAGCAAAUGGGACCACCGCUCAAAAUGUCUUUUUCGCCCUGUGCAACUGGGCGUGGAUCCGGCUUUGUGCAGCGUAUCCAGAAAUCGGGGCGGACCGCACGCUGCCGAUGCUCAUGUACACUGCCGUCAGCCUGCGGCGGCACCUGACUUCGGACGUCGAUCUGUCGCUGGCGCUCGACUACACGAAUGUCGUGCUGCCAUCGUUCAUGCCACGGGGCAUCGACGAACGGAGAAUCUUGUGGGAGAGGGCGCGGUCUGCCCAGAAACAAGUAGCCAGAUAUGCGCGGAGUCCGUAUCUGCUGCAACGAUCCCUGCUCUCAACUACAGCCCGGGCUCAGAAAGCCAAGACGUGGGCGAGGAUUGACGAUGGAUUAGAGCUGCCGUCGGUGAUCAAGCAGAAGGCUGUAUCGCCCCCCUCGCUCGCUCUUCUCGGGGUCACGCACGCUGGUGAUGUGGGCCUUACCUAUCGGCCUCAUCUUUAUCCCAAACUGCGUAUCCAGACCGGCACUGGCGGGUCCCGCAAAGGACCCGGUGGACUGUUACUCGGGACGCGACUGUUCUUUGGGAGGUUCCUGAUGAGUAUGAAUUGGGACGAUGCCUGUGUCCCACCGGGUCUCAUGAUGGAGUUUUGGAGCCAUGUCGUGAACGCGAUGCAUAGUCUAGUCAUGCAGGAUGAGAGCUUGGGACGCGGGGAACCGGUGGACUGGGUUUCUGGGGCUGGGGUGGUUGGACGGAGCAAGCUUUGAGCGGCCUCACCGAGUGCACAGUGUGUAGAGACUCUCUUUGUCGAACAAGCCAUUCUGUGCCCGAUGAUCCCCAGCCUCUUGGCAUCUGCUGCCAUGUCCGAAAAAUGCAACUGAUGUCUCUCGGCUUUGCACCCUGGCCACUGCCACUGGUGUCAGGGAUGCUUCACCACCUGUUAUUGCAACAACAGAUGCUUGGACAGAGCACAUCCUCUUCGCACCUUCACCGUUUGAUACGAGCUGGGUGAGAAGACGUCUUCUUGGAGGAUCCUCAGACCAAUGCACACUAUCGCUUCAGUCGAUUUGCCGGUGCUCAAGACAAUACGGCUCUUCUGGCCUAUACAUUGGGUUGAUCAGAUUGUAGCGAACUCGGCCGAACCCAAUUGCACAGCCAGUGCGCGGGGCAGCAGAUAUUGGAGGAUAUCAAAGGAUUGUGUUGGUGGGUGACUCGGACAUACCUACUGGAAGGCUCUUGCGUUUCAGUGGGUUCCCGUUGCACGUUGAGGAGAACACUAUCCUUGGUUUGUUCAGAGUCUCAAUUCGUUUGAAUCAGAGGAGCCUGCUUUCACGAGACCCUUCGUGGCGCUCAGUGCUUCGGGCGCUCGACAUCCUUUGCCCCUCGUGUGAAGAGGAGACAAUCAAGCGUCGUAGCGCGUGCUUAAAGAACUGCCACAUUUCUAUGCUGCAGCACACUACGGGAAGAUUCCGCAGAAUCCACAGACCGUGCGCUAAGUUGAACGAGCGGGGGUAGAACAGAGGUGCGGGGGAUCUUCCGAUGUGUACUCUCCGGUUGUGUGAAGGCUUACGAAGUCCGCCAGAGGUAGAUGUCACACACACUCUUCACCAAGACCGAGAAGAGACUGGGAACCCCAAUGAGCAGGAUGCGCUUAGCCAAUGUCUCAUCCUCUGUGCAACAUGAAUAUGUUGUCGAUCCUUACGCAAUAGGGCCAUCACGUCCCAGUUGCGAAGAGAAGACUCAGACAGUAACUGAGGACAAAGUGGUCCCGUUGUGUAGCGUAGUAGGCUCCGAAAGCCUAUGCGCACGAAGUGAACGGAGAGUCAGUUCCUACCUUUCUUACACUACUUGGUGCUGCGCCAAUCCUGUUUUAGGCCAUCUUAAGAGACUUGGCUGGAACCCGGAUUCUUGGCAUACACCAGCGGGAAAGAAGAACGUUUUCCGAGCGCCACACAUCGCAUCCUAAGCAUCCGCUAUUCUCACUCGGAGCUUCAGGCCGCCCGUCAGCGGGGCCUAGCCGCCUUACUCGAAAAGCACUCGCUAGGAGGCCGGAGACUACUGCAUGCCUGUUUAGAGGAUCCUCUGUCGGAUUCCCACACAAGGUGUUCGAGUCUAUCUAGGAGCUCAAGCAGCAUAUUUUCGAUAGGAAGCACAAAUCGCACCCUGAAUCUUGCAAUUCCGAGUCGACUAGGAGUUCGGCAACUGCGAGUCGUAAGCUGACCACCAAGAUCUGAACCACGUCUAUCGUCGGGCUCUUGACACGAGAAGCUCGAUGCGCUUGCGUUACAUGGUUUCUGAAUGAAGGAGACUAUACUCCUCCGUGCUGCGCUUCUACCUGGAGCUAAAAAAGCGAACGAUGUCGAAGAGGAUCGGUAGACUGCUGAAGAAUCCAGCUCGCUUGCCGAUGCUCGAGUAGUCGGCACAUAGAAAGCCAAACAAGACAUGUAACUUUGGUCUUUGAAGUGCGUGUCCAACUGCCUGCGUACUCGAGUUUCGAAUUGAGUUUCCAUUCAAUGGCGGUUCACAUGGUUGUGGCAGUGGGCGUCAAGAGGUCCCCGUGUCUGACACUCCUGCUUGGUCACGGGAUUGAUGGACUCGAUAGGAAUUGGUCCGAUCCCUCUUGGUCCGACUCCUACCCUGUCACCGGAAAUCCUCGGCCCGUUUUUCUUAGCAUAAUCAGCUGCAGAUCUCUGGAUGCGCGUUCCCAUGAGUGCCCUGUUCACAACUUACUAUGCGCGUCGAAGAUAUCUUCCACCAGCAACCGCCGCAGACGGGGAAUCCAUACCUGACGGACCCGGUGCUUCCCAAGUUGCUGAGACGGCUUUUGUCGAAAGAUGCAUUGGAUGUCGUGAAGCCAGAUCUGGUCCGUCUGGGUGACGAGCUUGUGAACGAAAUCCGACCGAUUGCGCCGCUCGUGAAAGAACCCACCCUCACGCAAUAUGAUGCGUGGGGAAAUCGCGUGGACGUGCUGCAGGUCUCCGAAGGAUGGAAGAUUCUCAAGGACUUCGCGUGCAAGGAGGGUGUGAUCAGCAUCCCUUACGAACGCCGUUUCGGAGACCAGAGCCGGGUCUGGAGCUUUGCCAAGUGCGUGCUAAUGGUGGCGGACUGCCACGUGGUGUUAUGUCCGUAUUCUAUGACAGAUGGAGCGGCGAGAGUGAUGGAGAUUUCGGGCACGGAGAAGAUGAAGCGUGAGAUCCUGCCCCGACUAAUGAGUCGAGACCCGAAGACAGCAUACACCUCAGGGCAGUGGAUGACCGAGUCGCCUGGGGGGUCUGACGUAUCUAGAACCGAAACCACCGCUCAGGCCGUCUCGGAUGAACAGUCCUCCGAUCUCGGACCCGCGUAUCAGCUGGACGGCUUCAAGUGGUUCUCCAGCGCAGCCGAGGGGAACAUGUCCAUCGCUCUGGGCCGUGAUCCGUCAUCCCAGCGCCUGUCCCUUUUCCUCGUCCCUGUUCGGCUCGGGCCAUUCCCAACUCCGCUCUCAAAUAACAUCUUGCUGCAUCGCCUAAAGGAUAAAUUCGGGACCAAGGCGCUCCCGACGGCUGAAUUGUCGCUGAAUGGCGCGCGUGCCUGGCUCAUCGGAGCGCCGGGCGCGGGGGUGCGCACGAUCGCGCCCGUGCUCAACAUCACACGUGUGCAUUCGUCGGUUUCGGGCGUCGGAUCGCUGAUGCGGUGCCUCUCACUGGCACGGGCGUACGCGCAGGUGCGCGUCGUGGAUAAGGACAAGCUGCUGCAGACGGUUCCUGCGCAUAUGGAGACUCUGGCGCGAGUGGGCCUGCUCUAUCGGGCACUAACGCAUCUGUUAUUCGGCGUCGUCUCUCUUUUGGGAAAGUCCGAGUGCGGGACCGCCAGCAGAUCCGAGGAGGCUCGUUUGAGGAUAUUGACGCCCACUCUGAAAGCUUUUUCCGCGAUGAAGAGUGUGACAGCGAUGGAAGACUGCAUGGCCGCUUUGGGCGGUCAGGGUUACAUGGAGGAAUUGGGCAUCGGAAGACUCAUCCGCGAUGCCAUGGUAGAGAAGAUUUGGGAGGGAACAGUGGAUGUUCUCGCGCAUGAUCUGAUGCGAGCCUCCCGAGGGAAGGACACUGUCCAGUUUUUUGUCACGUGGUGCAGAGAUAUCAUCGCCUCCGCUCCAAGCGAUAUGAGAACAUCACAGCCCGCGGACAAUCUCCGGCAUGGGCUUGACAUGCUUCCCUCUCAAUUCGAAUUGGCGCAUACACACCCUCUUGUCCAACGCCCGAUCCUUCAGAUGCUUGCCCUGCUUGCAUCUUCGACAUAUCUGCUCGAACACGCUAUCUGGUCCCGCGCCAAUGAAUCAGCGGAACAGGCAUCACUGGACUGGCAUGUCUUCGAGCGCUGGAUGGGAGAAGGUGGAUUCAGCGAGAUUAGUGAUGAGAUCGGGAAGAUGUCUGAAGCGCAUCCCGAGAGAAUUCUGUUGAAUGAGCGAAUUGUCGGUUCCAGAUUAUGAGCACCUUGUGAGUGAGUAACUACUUAGUGGAAUGUCAGCAUGUUGAUCGGAUGCAAUGGGGUCUGCGGCGUCUGAUAAGUGAGCAUGUAUGAUCUCCGAAGUCGUUGCGUCCGACUUGAGCCACACCUCUCCUAGUGCUGGAGGACGAUACCCAUCUUCACGGAGCAGAACACUUACCGACCUAGAAUUUCUCAGCCGGGGCCCUCAGCCCGAAUGGCACUUGGACUAUCAGCGCUUACGAUGACCAGAGUACAUAACAAACGGCAUUUAUUGCAUCAUCACAGCUGCUUCGAGUUAAAGUCGGGGGCGCGUUGUCGUUUUGCCUCUGCACUGUGUCCCGAACAGAGAACGUUCUCCACGUCCAUCAAGAUCGCGUUCUGACGGGGAAAAGUCCCAGGAGUGCCAGAGUUUGAGUGGCGGAGGGUGAUGCUAGGAAGACUCGGGAAUUCGCAACAGUGAUCAUUGAAUUGACUUGACAUCAAUAACUCGACCAGAAGCAAGCGAGCUGAGGUCGGCAGACAAGAGGUCCGGGGAAAAGUCAGCGGAGCUACUCUGCUGUCGGUCGGGACAAAGACAGUGCCGAGUGUGACGUCACAGACCCAAAAGGGCUUGCGGAAGCUGCUUUUCCAGUAGCCUCCGCUUCGGACGUCUGACUGCUCGUAGUCUCUCUCACACCGCAGAAUGUGUUCCGUCUACAUAUUUCCGGCGCCGUGUAUAAGAACUGGCGUCUGAUAGUGCUUCCGAGACGCCCCUCCCCCGAUAUCGACAUGCAUUCGCCGCAAUCCUACGGCCAGUAUCGCGUGCGCAUUCUGCGCGAUCUCGCGCACGCCCUCUUGCUCCCCACCGCCCUCCUCUGGUCUACACUCAGGCUGCUCGACGUCCGUGUGGGGUGGAUCCUCGCCCCUGCGGUAUACCUCGCGUCCAUCGUCCUCUGGGCGACGCUCUACAACGUCUACCGCGAACGCGUGCACGCGCGCACGGCCGAGGAGCUCGGUGCGCAGCGCGUGCGGCAGGUGGUCGGCCGCUGGCCGGGGAACAUCGACGUCCUGCUGCGCAUGAUGGGCGCGUUCAAGACGAGCUACGUGCUGGACGUGUACCGCGAACUGUUCGAGGAGUACCAGUGCACGACGCUCAAUCUGCGCAUCCUGUGGCGUGACAAUAUUAUCACGAUGGAUCAGCAGCACUCCAAGUUCGUGCUGGCGACGGGCUUCGGCAACUUCUGGCGGGGCUACGUGCAGAAGGAGAGGAUGGAGACGUUCCUCGGCCAGGGGAUAUUCAAUCGUGAUGAUGAAGUCUGGAAGAUGCAUCGAAACAUGGCUCGCCCCUUUUUCGCGCGAGAGCGGAUCUCCGACUUAGACAUCUUUGAAACCCAUUCCAAACGCGCGUUGAACGUCAUUUCCUCGCUGACCACAGCCGGCCAGCCCUGUGAGGCGCAGGAUCUGUUCUCCCGGCUGACCCUCGACGCGGCAUCCGAGUUCCUCUUCGGACGCAACCUCGACACACUCUCGUCUGCACUACCGAUCCCCGGACAGACAGGGAUGGGCCCGAAGGGGUCAGCGACGCACGACAGCUGGGGCGAGUUCGCGCAGGCGUUUGAGAUGUCGCAGUUGAUCGCCACGCAACGGGGGAGGAUAGGCCACUUGUGGCCUUUGUUCGAGCUUUUCAAAGACAAGAACGCGGCGAACGCGGCGGUCAUUCAAGCAUGGCUUGAUCCGCUUGUCCAGCAAGCAGUCGAGGAUAAGCGUCGGCUCGCUGGUAUCAACAGUCCGGUGGCGGACAAGACCUUUCUUCAGCAUCUCGCAGACAGCACUGAUGACACAUCUCUUAUUCGUGAUCAGCUGCUCAACAUCUUGCUAGCAUCUCGAGAUACGACGGCCUGCCUGCUCACAUUUGUGACAUAUUUCAUGGCCAUAUACCCUGAUGUGGCAAAGAAGCUCCGCGCGGAAGUCUUGGAGCAUUGCGGGCCGCAGCAGUCCCCGACAUACCAGAAUGUGCGAGAGAUGAAAUACAUGCGUGCUGUGAUCAACGAAGUCCUUCGCUUGUUCCCGCCUGUCCCGCUCAACGUCAGAGAGUCGCGCGCCGAAGCAUGCACCCUGCCUGUGAGCGAUCCGACGUUCCCCGCGGAUGACGCGAGACCGUACUACAUGCCGGGAAGCACGACGCUCAUGUACCUGCCCCUCCUGAUGCAGCGCAAUCCCGCGCUCUGGGGCCCGGAUGCGGAUGUCUUCGAUCCGGAGCGGUGGCUCGACCCCGCACGGCUGGCGCGCUUUGUGGGCAACCCAACGAUGUACGCGCCCUUCAGCGCUGGUCCGCGAAUCUGUCUGGGCCAGAACUACGCAUACAACGAAGCCUCGUAUAUCCUGAUUCGGCUGCUCCAGGAGUUCGACACGUUCUCGCUGGCGCCCGACGUUCAGCCGCCUGCGUCCUUGCCGCUGCCCGAAUGGAAACAGCGUCCGGGGAGACAGGCGGUGGAGAGGAUCUGGCCCGCAGCUGCGAUGACGCUCUAUGUGAAGGGAGGACUUUGGGUUCGUUUCGGACGCGCUUCUGCUGCAUAGACCCCGCGUCAUACACACCAUACUACAUAGAAGGAAGGACUCUGAUUCUGGCACAGUGUUGUAUUACAGUGUAGUGGAUGUAUCAAUAACAAAGCAAAAAUGGUUGCCCACCGACACCAGUGACCGCGCCAUCAGCAGCCAUGACCGUCCCGUCGUACU